UUUAACUUCGUGGGCAGGAUCCUGGGUCCGCGCGGCAUGACGGCCAAGCAGCUGGAGCAGGACACCGGAUGUAAGAUCAUGAUCCGAGGCAAGGGAUCGAUGCGAGACAAGAAGAAGGAGGAGGCGAACAGGGGGAAGCCAAACUGGGAGCAUCUUAACGAGGAGCUGCACGUGUUACUGACGGUGGAGGACACCGCGGAACGAGCGAAGAUCAAGCUACAGCGAGCGAUGGAAUACAUCAAACAACUACUCAUACCCUCCUUAUGUGUCAAGCAGCAGCGAGUGAUGGAGUACAUCAAACAGUUACUCAUACCCUCC